GGCGCACCUGGCGAAACAUAACAGUGUUCUCUGUUUUUCCAUCUUUUUUAGAUCUCACUUUUCUCUAUCGUUGAAAACUCAAUCAGCAUUCGGACUUAUCUUCUACCUGGCUGACGAGUCUGAGGAGAACUUCAUGGCUCUGUUCCUCACUCACGGAAUGCUGGUAUUCACAUUCAGCUCGGGCCAGAACCAAGUCAGAAUCAGAUCCAAGGAGAAAUACAGUGAUGGACAGUGGCAUGAUAUAAUCUUUAUCAGAAGUAUAAAUACUGGCAGACUGAUAAUUGACGGGCUUACGGUACUAGAGGACAGAGCUCCAGGCGGAAACAUCUCACUGCUUGUCCAAGAUCCACUCUUUGUAGGUGGGGUGCCGCCUAAUCAGGCCAAGAAAAACAUUCAGAGGACGUCUGUGUCUGGCUUUUCUGGCUGUGUGCGGAGUCUCCAGCUGAAUGGCCGCUGGCUCACCUCUGCCUCCCACAGUUUUGGGGUCACACCCUGUUAUGAGGGCCCCUCUGAACCAGGGACAUACUUCACUGAGGAGGGAGGAUAUGUGUUGCUGGGUAACAUACAAUGCAUCACUACUACACUACUCUCAAAUUCAUUUAAUUAAAUGUUUUAGUGUUGAGAAAGAGGAAACUGUAUUCCCACCAUGGCUCACUGACCCCACUGGGUAUGUCAGCAUGAAUUUAUUUACAUUCUUGAUUUAUUCCU